AUGGAUCCCAGGUCUUAAAACAAUUCUGAAAAUUAGAUUCAUGGUGAUGACAAUGAGGAUUAAAGAUCAGGCGAUGAAGGAGUACUAAUUUUAUCAUCUUUAAGGAUAAAUUACAUAACUUCAAGCACAACAUUAAUGAAGGUGGUGAAGUAAUCCAUGAGAAUGUCAAAAAAAUAGAUAUGAAAAAAACAUUGAAUGAUACUACCUUCAUUUUGACUUGCUUAAAAAACCAUUUUGUAUUUUAUAAUCUGAGUGAAGCUGAAUUGUAAAAAUGUUUAUAUAUAUAUUUAAUAGGGAGAAUAUUGUAAACAAGAUGUUCUAUUGCGAAGCAGCUGCAUAAACUUAUAUCUUCAAAUAAUAAGAUCAUGCAACUUGCUUUUUUAUUUUAUAAAGAGGGAGUCUAGAGGUUAUAGUUAAUGAAAAGGUAUGAGUUCUCAAUUCAAAAUUUUAAGGCCAAGAGAGAAUUGAAGACUGGAGAUGGAUUCGGAGAAUUGGCUCUCUUGUACAAUGCUCCUCGUUCUGCAUCAGUGAAAUGUUUUGAGAAUUGUAAUCUUUGGGGAAUCGAUAGAAAUACUUUCAGAAGAGCUGUUGAGGAAAUGAUAACAAAAGAAUAUGAAGAAAACAGAAAAUUCAUGGAAGUAGUUAGAUUUUUUCGUAAGUUCUUUUAUAAUAAUCCUAGAUAAUUUGACGAAUGAACAAAAGGAUGCAAUUGCUGCUGUUUUAAUUGUACAGAAAUUCUAUAAAAAUUAAAUUAUUGUAAAUGAAGGUGAUCCUGGAUCUUCUUUUUAUAUAAUCAAAGAGGUAUUGAAAUUCAGAAUAAUCUUCUAGGGAACAGUGUCGGUGCUUAAAGGAAACAAAGAAGUUAGAAAACUAUAUAAGGGUGACUCUUUUGGUGAAUAAGCCUUGUAUUAUAACACUGUCAGAUAAAUGACUGUUAGAGCAGAGGAUGAUGUUAAGUGUUUGGCAUUGGGAAGAGAUUCUUUAACAAAGAUCUUAGGAGAUCAAGUGCAUGUUGUCACAUUCAGAAAUUUAUAAAAAUGGGCCUUUGAGAAAAAUGCCUUGUUGAGCAAAUUAACCAAAGCCUAAAUUGACAAAGUGUUGGAUGUCAUGAAAAUAUCUUCAUGUAAAGCAGGCGAUGUGAUUCUGAAAAAGGGUACUCAAGCCAAUCAAAAGAUUAUUGUUAUAAUUGAAGGUAGUUUGAAGAAGAGUAAGUCUGGUAUUACAGUUGCAACUAAGGCUUAAGCUUGGGGAGAGGAGUAUUUCUUAUAGACCAAUAAGGCUAAGAUGUAUAAGAUAUAAACAAUUAUUUAGUUUGGAUGAUGAUAUUGUAAUGGAAACCGAUGGAGUAAUUGCAGAAAUUACUGCUGACAAUUUCAUUGAUUGUAUUUCAGGUGAAUUGGAAGAAGUCAUUAAGAAGAAUGAGAAAAUUCUUGAAAAGAAACUUCAAAAGUCAGAUCAAACAAAAAAGAAGGAAGCUCAAAAUAUUAAGAAAUCAGAGCUGAUUCAUAUCAAAACAAUUGCUUAUGGUCAAUUUGGUCCAGUCUAUUUAGUUAAAGCUAAAUAUAAUUAACAAUUAUAUGUUUUGAAAGCAUUUAACAAAAAUUAAAUUAAUGAAUAAACUCUUGAAAAGUAUUGUUAAUUCAUAAAUAAUUUAGAUAUUUACAAUAAGAAAAGUAGGUUUUAGAAAUUGUCAAUUUUCCAUUUAUCAUCUCGUUUAUGAAAACAUUUAAGGAUGCAAUGGAUGUGUAUUUUCUCCUUGAAUAUGUGCGAGGAAUGGAAUUAUUUGACGUGAUUAGAGAUAUCGGUAAUUCUUAACAUAAUAUAUUCAGGUCUCUUAUCAACAUAUGAUUCUCAAUUUUAUGUUGCCUCUAUGAUUCUAAUCACAGAAUAUCUACAUCACCAAAAUAUCAUUUACAGAGACAUUAAACCUGAAAAUUUCAUGGUUGAUGAAAAAGGAUUCCUAAAGUUAAUAGAUUUGGGAACUGCAAAAAUAAUCAAAGGAAAAUAAGGAAUUAUUCGUACCUACACAAUUAUAGGAACCCCACAUUGUAUUAUCAUAAUGUCAUCAUUUAUUAGACAUGGCUCCAGAAAUCAUUUGUGGAAAAGGAUACAAUUGUUUAGUUGAUUUAUGGUCCAUUGGUAUAUGUCUCUAUGAAUUCAUGUGCGGAAUGGUUCCUUUUGGAGAAGAAGCCGAAGACCCUUAUGAAAUUUAUGAGGAAAUCAUCAAGAAGGAUAUAACAUAUCCUAAUUAUUUGAAAGAUAAAAAAGCCAAGAAACUUAUGGAUUAGUAAAACUGAAUUAAUAACGUUUUAGAUUGCUAUCUCGAGUUCCUGAAGUGAGAUUAGGAGGAUCUUAUGCAAGUCUUAAGGGAAAUCCUUGGUUUGAAAAUUUUGAUUGGGUAGCGCUUUGAUUUAUUAAGUUUAGGAAAAAUUGUUAGAAAAAGAGAUUAAAACUCCAUAUCUACCCCCGGCAGACAAAUUGCUACCAGACAUAGAAAUAAAGUAACUUGAAUAAAAUGGCAGAAUGAUUGAGGAUGAAAUUAAAGUAAGUAUUAUAUCUACUCAAGUAAGAACAAUCUGUAAGACAAAUCGAUGGCAACAAUUAAGGAGAUCAAGGAUGGGAGAAAGACUUUUGAAAUCUAAAAUUAAUAUUAGAAAACCAC